AUGGAGCAACAAGCGGGGCCACCAGAGCCGAGGUCUGCAGGACCCACCACGCACCCGCAGCCCAAGGAGGGGACACUGUGGGGGCUCCUUGCCAUCCUCUCACUGCUGGCUGGGCUGGCUGCAGGCACCCUGCGAACCCCACACUGGGACAACGUGACAACAGGUGGCCCCGUCGCCGCGGAGCUGGCAGAGGACCUGCUGCUGCGUGCUGAGCGCUCACCGCCAGGCACCGGCAAAGCCAAGAAGGGGACACGGAAAUCCUCGCGAGGGGCCCGUGGGCGCAACUGCCACAUCCGCAACCUGAUGGUGAAGGUGCGCGACCUGGGCCUGGGCUUCAACUCGGACGAGAUCGUGCUCUUCAAGUACUGCAGCGGGUCCUGCCACCGAGCACGCAGCAACUAUGACCUGACGCUGGGCCGCCUGCUGGGGCA